AUGCAGUUUGAAACUAUGGUUCGAAACACCAAUUAUUCCGGCCACUUUGACACCUGUCGCGGUCAGGAAAUCAUGGAGAUCAGGGUUCAAAUGUGGUUCUGGGGGCUACAAAAAUUGCGAAAUCGCUCAACACCAAAAUGUCUUUUGACAGCGAUUGUGCCGACUGGUAAAACCUGUGACAUGGGCCGAUUUGCACGAAGGAUCUCUAGAUGA